CAGAACCAAGAGCUUAAUGAUUCGAAAAUUGCAAUGAUAUUUAACCAAGAGAAACGCACUGGAUCUCUUAUUUCAAGAAAUGCUCAGUGUUCAAGGUUACAACAUGCUUAGCUUGUUGUUUACGAAGUCGGAUAUCAAUGAAUUAAACAAUGGGGAAAAUAACUGAGGAACUUCUCCUGGAGAAAGGCUCUCCAAAAACCAACAAACUUGAGCAAAUCAAAACAUUAAAUUUAUCCAAGUUGAGCCUGAAGUGUCAGGAUCUGCCGGUCAAGCUGCUGUCCAGGCUCCAGUCCCUGGAGCGAUGGGAUCUGUCUGGGAACAGACUCGAUGAGUUCCCCAGAAACCUGAAUCUGCCUGCACUACGCUACCUGGACCUCAGCGAUAACCAGCUGGAGGAUGUUACUACUCUGGAGUCAUUGUGUGGUCUAGAAGAGAUUAAGAUGGAGGACAACCUUUAUAUUACUGUGAGUGAUAACUACAAGCUGAUGGUGUUGAUGCCAAACCUAAGGAUUUAUAACGGGAAAGAUGUCAGCACAACAGCCAACCACCUGCGUUACGUCUAUACUGAUAACCUGAGGACGAGAGUAAGUGCAGUUUGGGAUAAGAACUUUUCUCUUCCCAAUCCCAUCACAAAAGAGAAAUUAUCUGCCCUGGAGACAAACUUUGUCAACACUGCUAGGCAGCAGGUUAGAUUUGGACCCAGCUCAGUAAGCGACUUUACUAAGUGGAAGGUGGAAAUUCUAGCUAAGGAGUACCUGCGUUCUCUCACGGAACCAAAUAAAGAACCAGAGGAAAGCAAACCUAUGGAAACAAAUGAGAACAGUAAAUCCUCAACUCCUACAAAAAGGAAACAGUCCACGGCAGGAAUGGACACCAACAUUAACUUAUCACCACGCAAAAAGCUGCACACAGAGCUCCCAGCGUCCCCAGUUAAAGACAGUCCUCGGAAAUCCAGUCUCCGCCUCAAACCUCGGACACAAAUCCAAACAAGUUCUCCCAGGAUGAGCCCCCGCAAGUCGGGUCAACCUCCCUCUACCCCCACCAAAGCACCAACGAGGGCAGAGACACCCAGGAGAGCUACAAAAGUGCAGAAAACCAAAGCUGAAGAAGCUCAUAGUUCACAGAGGGACAGUGGGGGCAAAAAUGGUGUCAGAGACACAGAGCUGCAGAGUGAAGCUGAUGCCACAGUCUGGACCUGCACAAAGACACAGCCAGUUUCCCUGAAGCCUCUUCACGUACUCCAGUGUCACAGUAAACAGGACAGUUCGGAGGACUUCUCCACGCAGCUCUGGGCCUGUGCUUUUCAGCCGCUGCCAGAUUCUACUGGCAAAGGCGGAGGAAGCCGCUUGGUUGCAACAUGUGGUGGAGAUUCUCUCUGUGUGAUUGACUGUGAAACGGGGAUGGUGAUGAAGAAAUAUAAAGUUCCUGGGGAGGAAUUCUUCUCCGUGGCCUGGUCCACAGUGUUGAUGUCUAGGGGAGACGGUGCCUCGGCGCAGCACUGCAGCAUUCUGGCAGCGGCUGGGAAGAGGGGAAUGGUCAAACUGAUCCACCCCAGAAACAAUGUCGCCUAUGGCGAAUUCAGAGUCAGCCGCAAAGCAAUAUCUGUCCUCUGCUUCAACCACCGCAGUGGAAACUUCCUUUUCACGGGAUCAUAUGACAAGAAAAUAGUGAUGUGGGACAUCGGUGGAGUGGACAGUCAGUAUAACUACAAAGUUGUUCAGCUGCUGACAUUAGAAGUCACAGACAUCCCUCUACACGUCUGUCUCCCCCCUGCUGCCCCCAACUCACACCUGCUGACUGCCUGUGAGGACGGCCUGCACUGCUUCAACACACAGCUGGGUACCAACAACACCACUAAGAGCAGGUUGAAGGACAUGGAGAUAACGUUCCCCAUAUACAAGAAGGAAGACAAAGACAAAUCCUACCACACUGUCGAUGGCCUCAGUUUUCUUACUGAUGACGUUGUGGCCUCCAAGAAUCACCUUCAUAAUUCAAUUUACUUAUGGAGCUGGAAAAGAACCAAAGCACAACAGCCUGAUAAAAAGAGCAGGACAGUGUGCGCUGUCAUUCUGGCUGAACUGCAAUGGGCCAACACCGAGAUUCCCUACCUGUCUCUCAACACCUGUCCUGGCCAAGCAUACGUGGUGUGUGGAGAUGAUAAAGGUAGUCUAUGGACCUACCAUAUCACCAACCUUCAGAAAACGAGUUCACAGACUGGGAAACCCAUCCUGCCAACUGAGGUGCUGGAGUGGCCGACCCCAGUGAGCAAGAGUGUCAGCAAGGUCGAGGGUCCUUCCAUCAACUCUGUAGCAAUGGAUCCUGAGCUCAAAUACCUGGUAGCUCUCAGUGACAAGAACAUGGUGAUUGUCUGGAAGAGAGAGGAGUCCUUCUGAGCGACAGAGCAUGUGACUGUAUAACUCCUGAUUUUUAUUUAUUUUACAAAAAGCUGUUUUUGUACUGUAAGCAGUUGAGAAUACCCCAUUUAGGUUUUUUUGAGGUAAGAAAUUAAAAAGAAAAUCUGAUGUGAUAAAUGAGGAUGACACAGUCAAAAAUUAAAAAUAUAAAAUUUUUCUAUUUCCUUUAUAAAUACAUCACAUGGGAAGUUCUACAUAGAAUUUUCAAAACAUUGUGUGAAAUAGUAUUAACUCUGAAUUCAGAAUUACUGUUGCACUGUGUACUUUUAAUUGCACAGAAGGUUUUAUUCUCAAUUCAGUUAGCCAGAAAUAAAAUUUCAGCUUAAUACAUUUUAUAUAACAAAAAAAAUUAUAUUAAGUUUGCACUGAAUCCUAAAUCGUGUUUCAGACAGACAAGAACAACUGUGUUUAUUGGUAAUAAUUGUAUGAUGCUGUGCAACACAAGAUGCAAAUGUAAAUAACAGUGUUUUAAUGUUUCUUUAACGUAUGGUUUUAUUUCAUUAUUUUGCACAGUUUAAUUUUGUGGCCUUUUUUAGUCCGUGUUUGAAUUGUGUUCUCUGCUAUAGCGACUAUUCACAGUAUAUCUGCUUGUGAGGCUUUACUGUCACAGAAGUGAUAGUUGGGUGUGUUUACAAUGAGAAGUGCAAACACAGUACAUGCCUGCUGGGAAAAUAAAUCAAGUAUAUCAUG